AUGGCAGAAAACUUUCUUAUUUUACCUGGUCCAAAGGCAUUAUCACAGUUUCGUGUUAAUACCUUGAUCCAGGAGGUGGAGAAAAAACUUGGUCAACCACAGUUGAUCGAAGGGGUUGCUAGCCAGUAUACCCAUUACGUUUCAUUGAAGAAGCCCCUUACUGCAAAGCAGUUGGAGUUGUUGAAAAUUUUGUUAACCUAUGACAACCCCGUUGAUGACAACCAGCCCUUGAACAAGGAGUUGAUCAAAUAUUCGACUGGAGGUGAACACAAAUUCGCCAACACGGAAAGCAGUCAAGAGUUGAUUCAGAUUUUGCCACGACCAGGAACAAUUUCUCCAUGGUCAUCCAAGGCAACUGAUAUCUCUCAAAUCUGUGGCUUGGGAGACUUUGUCGAGAGGAUAGAGCGUGGAUUGUCAUUAUUGAUUCAAUACAAAAAUGGCGCUUCCGCCAAGGUGCAAGGUGAAGCCUUGACCUCAGUUUUUGACAGAAUGACUCAAAAGCUUUACAUUAACAAUGAUUUCCCACAAUACAAUGAUUUAUUUGCCCACCACGAGCCAAAACCUCUUGUUGUCGUUGACCUCUUGGGCGAUGAGAGCAACUUGACAAAGGCCAAUAAGGAGAUGGGUUUGGCAUUGGAUAAAGGUGAAAUUGAAUACUUGACAAAUGCAUUUACUCAAGUUAUUGGACGCAACCCUACGGAUGUUGAACUUUUCAUGUUUGCUCAAGUCAAUUCCGAGCACUGUCGUCACAAGAUUUUCAAUGCAGACUGGACAAUUGACGGAGAAGCAAAAGAAAAGUCCCUUUUCAAAAUGAUUAGAAACACUCAUGAGAAAAACCCACAAUACACCGUUUCUGCCUACUCAGACAAUGCAGCUGUUUUUGAAGGUCCCGAAGGUUACGUGUUUACCCCAGACUUUAAAACCAAGCAAUGGAAGUCGAUCAAAGAAAACGUUCAAACAUUGGUGAAGGUGGAAACACACAACCAUCCAACUGCGGUAUCACCUUUUGCAGGUGCUGCUACCGGUUCUGGUGGUGAAAUUAGAGAUGAAGGUGCCGUUGGAAGAGGCUCCAAGUCCAAAGCAGGUUUAUCUGGUUUUACUGUCUCGGAUUUGAACAUCCCAGAUUUGAAACAACCAUGGGAAAGAGAUAUUGGAAAACCAAAUCACAUUGCAAGCUCAUUGGACAUUAUGAUCGAAGCUCCAAUUGGAUCUGCCGCAUUCAACAAUGAAUUUGGUAGACCAGCAAUUAAUGGUUAUUUUAGAACAUUGACCACUGAGGUUGAAAACGGUAAAGGUGAAAAAGAAGUUAGAGGAUUUCAUAAACCAAUUAUGUUGGCUGGUGGUAUGGGUGCCAUUAGACCUGAUUUGGCAUUGAAGAAUAGGAAAAUUACCCCUGGCGCCAAGUUGAUUGUGUUGGGUGGUCAAUCAAUGCUUAUUGGAUUGGGAGGUGGUGCUGCUUCCUCAAUCAGCUCUGGUGAAGGUUCAGCAGAGUUGGAUUUUGCUUCAGUGCAAAGAGGUAACCCUGAAUUGCAAAGAAGAGCACAACAGGUUAUUGAUGCGUGUGUCUCACUCGGUGUCGAUGGCAACCCUAUCCAGUCCAUCCACGAUGUUGGUGCUGGUGGUUUAAGUAAUGCUUUACCCGAAUUGGUCCACGACAACGAUUUAGGUGCCAGAUUUGAAUUGAGAAGCAUUCUUUCAUUGGAACCAGGAAUGUCACCAAUGGAAAUCUGGUGUAACGAAUCUCAAGAGAGGUAUGUCUUGGGUGUCGCUCCAGAAAACCUUGAAUUAUUUUCUGAGAUUUGUAAGCGUGAAAGAGCACCAUUUGCAGUUGUCGGUGAUGCCACUGAAGAGCAACGUUUGGUGUUGACUGAUUCUUUAUUGAAGACCACACCAAUCGACUUGGAAAUGUCUGUUCUUUUUGGCAAACCACCAAAGAUGUCACGUGUUGCCGAAACUGAAGAUUUGCAUUUGAAACCAUUUUCGACUUCAAACUUGGACAUUGAUGAGUCGAUUCAACGUGUUUUGCAAUUGCCUUCAGUUGGUUCCAAAUCUUUUCUUAUCACCAUUGGUGACCGUUUCAUUACCGGUUUGGUGGAUCGUGAUCAAAUGGUUGGUCCAUGGCAAGUUCCAGUUGCUGAUGUUGGUGUUACUGCAACUUCUUUAGGUGACACUGUAUUGGCAACCGGUGAAGCAAUGGCCAUGGGUGAAAAACCUAAUUUGGCUCUCAUUUCUGCUGCUGCUUCGGCCAAGAUGUGUGUUGCUGAGUCAUUGUUGAAUCUUUUUGCUGCAGAUGUUUCCUCAUUGGAGCAUGUUAAGCUUUCAGCAAACUGGAUGUCAGCAGCCAAUCACCCAGGUGAAGGUGCCAAGUUGUAUGAAGCUGUGCAAGCUAUUGGAAUGGAGUUGUGUCCUGACUUGGGAAUCUCCAUUCCGGUAGGUAAAGAUUCCAUGAGUAUGAAGAUGAAAUGGGAUGACAAGGAGGUUACAGCUCCAUUAGCAUUAACAGUCACAGCAUUUGCUCCAGUCGACAACACCUCGAGAACUUGGACGCCACAACUUUUGCCUGUUGAUGACACAGUCUUGGUUCUCGUCGACUUGGCUGCAAAAGAACAGAAAAAGUCUCUUGGUGGCUCUGCAUUGGCUCAAGUUUACAAAGAAGUUGGCGACUCAGCACCUACCGUGCACUCUAAUAAAGUCUUGAAAUCGUUCCUUCAAUCCUUGGUUGUGCUACACAAACAGUUUCCUGUUUUGGCAUAUCACGAUAGAUCCGAGGGUGGUUUAUUGACCACUGUUUUGGAGAUGGCAUUCGCAGGUAGAUGUGGAUUAGACAUUGCAUUGAGUGGUGAAGAUGACAAGUUUGUUGAGUUGUUUAAUGAGGAAUUGGGAGCUGUGUUCCAAAUCAAAUUCCAAGACUUGAUUCAAUUUAAGGAAGUAUUGAAGACUAAUGGAGUCGAUGAAGAGUAUGUUAAAGUUGUUGGAAGACCAAACUUUGGUGGUGACCAGUCAGUAAACAUCUCAUAUAACGGAACUCCAAUCUACACUUCAUCUCGUUCCGACUUGCAAAAAUUAUGGAGCAACACUUCUUACCAUAUUCAGAAAUUGAGAGACAAUCCUUUAACUUCUGAACAAGAAUAUAAAGCAAUUGAAGAUAACAAGGAUCCUGGUAUUCAGUAUCAGUUGACAUUUAACCCAUCAGAUCGUAAAACAUACAAUACAAGACCCAAGGUUGCCAUUUUGAGGGAGCAAGGUGUCAAUUCUCAACAGGAGAUGGCAUGGAGUUUCUUGCAAGCCGGAUUUGAUGUUUUUGACGUUACAAUGUCGGACAUUUUGGACGGCAGAGUUACACUUGAUGACUUUGUUGGUUUAGCUGCAUGUGGUGGGUUCUCAUAUGGUGAUGUCUUGGGUGCAGGUGCAGGUUGGGCCAAAUCAGUGUUGUUCAAUGAACGCGCGAGAAGUGAAUUUAAAAAGUUUUUCCAAGAAAGAGAAGACACAUUUGCCUUUGGUGCUUGUAAUGGUUGUCAAUUUUUUAGUCGAAUUGCUGAAUUGAUUCCAGGCUCUGAUCACUGGCCAACGUUUGAGAGAAACUUGUCUGAACAAUACGAGGCUAGGUUUGUUAUGGUUGAAGUUGAGGCAAGCGAAAAGAAUAACUCCAUCUUUUUGCAAAACAUGAAAGGCUCUAAAUUGCCCAUUGCAGUGGCGCACGGUGAGGGUCGCGCCCAAUUCAAGUCGGCCGAGGAUGCAGAAAGUUUCAAUUUGGAUGUUGUUCAUUACGUGGAUAAUUAUGGUAAUGUUACUCAAAAUUAUCCAUUCAAUCCAAAUGGUUCUCCAAAGGGUAUUGCUGGUAUCAGUUCCAAGAAUGGUAGAGUUUUAGCAAUGAUGCCUCACCCUGAAAGAGUCACGCGUAAGGAAGCUAACUCAUUCUACCCACCUGCUCAAGGUGAAGAAUGGGGUGCUUACGGUCCAUGGGUCGAGUUGUUUAAAAACGCCAGAGCAUGGGUUGGAGACGUUUAA